UUCAAAUACGCAUGCGCGGCAGGCGGAGCCUGCGGAAGUCCUGACGGGAAGGUCUUUUUGUUUGGACCGCUUAGACACGACGUUCUCUUCACCUGGUUAACAACCGUUUUUUAUCUGCAGUAAUUUCGGUGUCUUUUAUGAAUAAUCAAAAGCAGCAAAAGCCAACGCUAACCGGCCAGCGUUUCAAAACGAGGAAAAGAGAUGAAAAGGAGAGAUUUGACCCUACCCACUUUCAAGAAAGUAUCGUACAAGGCUUGAAUCAAACUGGCACUGAUUUGGAAGCGGUCGCAAAGUUUCUCGAUGCCUCUGGUGCCAAGCUCGACUACCGCCGGUAUGCAGAGACGCUCUUCGACAUCCUGGUGGCCGGCGGGAUGCUGGCGCCGGGCGGGACGCUGUCCGACGACAUGACCCGAACCGAGUUCUGCCUCUUUAGGGCACAAGAAGACCUGGAGACAAUGCAAGCAUAUGCUCAGGUUUUUAACAAGCUGAUCAGGCGUUACAAGUACCUGGAGAAGGGGUUCGAAGAGGAGAUAAAGAAGCUGCUGCUGUUCCUUAAGGGGUUCACCGAGUCUGAGCGCAACAAGCUGGCCAUGCUGACCGGCAUCCUGCUGGCCAACGGCAACAUCUCGGCCUCCAUCCUGAGCAGCCUUUUCAACGAGAACCUCGUCAAAGAGGGAGUCUCCGCAGCCUUCGCUGUCAAACUGUUCAAGUCGUGGAUCGCGGAGAAAGACAUAAACUCUGUCGCUGGCAGUCUUCGUAAAGUUGGCAUGGACAACCGGCUGAUGGAACUCUUUCCUGCCAACAAACGGAGCUGCGAGCAUUUUUCGAAGUACUUCACUGACGCCGGGCUGAAGGAGCUGUCCGACUUUGCCCGCAACCAGCAAUCCAUCGGCGCCCGCAAGGAGCUCCAAAAGGAGCUCCAGGAGAUGAUGGGCCGCGGUGACCCUCAGAAGGAGAUCAUCGCCUACACCAGGGAGGAGAUGAAGAAAGCCAACCUCUCUGAACAGGCCAUGAUCAGCAUCAUCUGGACCAGCGUGAUGAGCUGUGUGGAGUGGAACAAGAAGGAGGAGCUGGUGACCGAACAAGCCAUCAAACACUUGAAGCAAUACAGCGCACUGCUGAAAGCCUUCACCUCCCAGGGUCUGUCGGAGCUCAGCCUGCUGCUGAAGAUCCAGGAGUACUGCUACGACAACAUCCACUUCAUGAACUCCUUCCAGAAGAUCGUGGUGCUCCUCUACAAAGCGGACGUCGUGAGCGAAGAGGCCAUCCUGAAGUGGUACACGGAGGCCCACCUCGCCAAGGGGAAGAGCGUGUUCCUCGAGCAGAUGAAGAAGUUUGUGGAGUGGCUGAAGAACGCAGAGGAAGAGUCUGAAUCGGAUGAAGAGGAGGCGGACUGAAACCUCCGACACCAGACGGCGCUUUGUUCUUUCUUUUUCUUCUACUUCCUUUUUUUUUUCAUGGAGUAGCAGGGAGCAGUAGAAUGUUUUCCUUUUACUCUCCUCUUCCUCCUCCUACUUUAGUCUCACCUUGUUUCAAUAUUUAAGGGUAUUUAAAGAAAACGAAGGGCGCAGUCCUGAAACGACAGCUUGUGUAGCGGAUCAAAUCGGGCGCAGAACCAACAACUUCUCCUCCCUUUUGUUUUCUUUUUGCUCCACGAGCUUCAAAUCGGAAUCAUUCCAUCAGACCUCUGGGAGGGAACUCGUGGCGGGUUCGCUUCAUCCGGGCUCGUCUCCGGAAACCACCUCCCCCGUUUUGCCAAAGUUUUGUUUUCCCUCGGGUUCGUCCUUCCCAUCUUUUUUUUUUUUUUUUUUUUUUUUUUUUUUUUUUUUUUUUUGAGUAAAGCUCCGCUGCUUGUCGAGUUCGAUCUGGUCAGAAGACAGCCCGACCCCCCCCCCCUGUAAAAUGCCUCGUCAGCCACCUGAUUAUUGAUUUCUACUUUCUUUAAUCUGAUAUAAACCGAUUGACUUUUUUAUGAAAUAAAGAUUAUUGGAACACUU